AUGGAGAACCCUCUUGACUCGAGUGAGCAGGACCACUUUUCAGAGGACGAAAAUGAAUUACUAGAGGAGGAAAUUUCUCUGCUUGAACAGGCGUCGAAUCCUCCGUCCGCAGAUUUUUAUGGUGUAUUGAAUGUUGAAAAAGAAGUGGGUGAAGACAUUGAUAAUGAUAUUGUAAUUGAAUUAAUGAUUAAUUUUGGUCAUCUAAAGGCUACAGAAGAUGAAAUUAAAGAAGCCUACAAACGCCUAUGUGAUUCAAAGAGCUUACGAAGGCAAGUGUUGACCGAUCCUACCAAACGAAUGAUUUAUGACAUGUUUGGUGAAGAAGGACUAAGAACUCAGUGGGAGGUCGGCGCUCGAUUAAAGACUCCUCAGGAGCUUCGAGAGGAAUUUCAACAUCAAGCCCAUCUUAAAAAAGAACAAGAGAUCGAAAAUAUAGUGAAGCCAAGGUCAGAUGUUCAAAUUAACAUUGACGCCUCGCAAUUGUUUAAUCCUUAUGAUGGAAAAGCGAAAAAAGCUCUAUUUAUAACGAGAAUACCUUCCGAAACUGAGAUUACACAAUUAUUUUUAAAACACUCUCAUGAAAUUCCAUUAAAUGAAAAAACGCACACUACAUUUGUUGGUCAAAUGAUUUCACGAAAUGGUGUUGGUGGGGGAAACGUUGUUGGAACUUUAAGAUACGCGUUUUCGCCGAAGUUCUGGGCUGAAAUUGGAUCAUCUGUGGCAUCACCGAGAAUUGUAAGCACCAAAGCAUUUUAUACUAUUGAUCCUGAUAGUUUUGUUACAAUAACUAGUCAAUUAUAUUCAACGAGCUUGCCUCCAACACUUAACAUUACGGGUGGUCGCCGUAUAGGUACAAAUACCACUGGAUAUUUGACUUAUAAGACCGGUGCGUGGACAUUGGGACCUUGGGGUAAAGGUGAUACAUCUCCGUUUAGGCGACGUGAAAAAUCAGCUGUAGCAAUAGGAAUAAACAAUGGUCAAGAUAAAUCCGGAUAUUCUUUAGAAUUACAGGCGGGUAUAGUCCAAUCACAUAUAUCCAUGAGUUUUAAUCGUAAAUUUGCUGAAGAUUAUAAUAUUCGUGGAUCAACUACUAUAUCGACUGCAAGCGGUUUGACUGUUAGUAUUGGAGGAGAUCACAAAGUCUCUGCAAAUUCUCGGGUUGCCAUGUUUAUGGAAUUUGGUAUUCCAAGUGGUAUCACUUUGAAAAUAAGGUUUGCUCGUCUUGGGCAACGUAUAACAGUACCUAUUCUAUUAUCUUCAGACUUUGACUCUAGUCUCGUAUUAUGGGGUUCUCUAGUUCCAUUCGCAACUGUUUACGCGAUAGAUCAACUAAUAUUAAAACCACGAAGAAAAAAGAAAAAAGCAGAAAAAUUAGCUGCGCUACGCGAACAUCAUGCAGAAUUCAUCGCCUCUCAAAAACGUGAAGCUGAAGAAACAAUUCGACUAUUAAAACCUUCGAUCGAGCGUAAAGUAGAGAUAGAGAGAGCAAAAGAAGGUCUUGUAAUUUUGGAAGCUUAUUACGGUAACUUUAAACAGACAAGUGGAGUUUCCGCACUGGACAAUCAAUUCAUCGUUGAUGUAACAAUACCAGUGCAGGCUUUAGUGAAUGAUUCACAAAUGACAAUUCCAGGUGGUCGUUCAAAGUCUAGUAUAAUGGGAUUUUAUGAUCCUUGCAUGGGAGAACCAAAACAGCUGAAAAUAAAAUACAUGUUCAAACGAAAAAUUCAUGAAAUUAUUAUUGAUGAUUUAGCUCCGUUGGCUUGUCCGCUAAGAUCACAUAUAAUACCAAACGAGCGAUAG